CGUCCCGCUCGCGAGAGCUUCGAGGGAAGCUAGGCGGCGGCGAGUAGCGGUGAAGUUGCUUCUGAGGGAGCCUAAGAUGACCGGUUCUAACGAGUUCAAGCUGAACCAGCCACCCGAGGACGGCAUCUCCUCGGUGAAGUUCAGCCCGAACACCUCCCAGUUCCUGUUGGUCUCCUCCUGGGACACGUCCGUGCGCCUCUACGAUGUGCCGGCCAAUUCCAUGCGGCUCAAGUACCAGCACACCGGCGCCGUCCUGGACUGCGCUUUCUACGAUCCAACACAUGCCUGGAGUGGGGGAUUAGACCAUCAAUUGAAAAUGCAUGAUUUGAACACUGAUCAAGAAAAUCUUGUUGGAACCCAUGAUGCCCCUAUCAGAUGUGUUGAAUACUGUCCAGAAGUGAAUGUGAUGGUUACUGGGAGUUGGGAUCAGACAGUUAAAUUGUGGGAUCCCAGAACCCCUUGUAAUGCUGGGACCUUCUCUCAGCCUGAAAAGGUGUAUACCCUCUCAGUGUCCGGAGACCGGCUGAUUGUGGGCACCGCAGGCCGCAGAGUGUUGGUGUGGGACUUACGGAACAUGGGCUACGUGCAGCAGCGCCGGGAGUCCAGCCUCAAGUACCAGACGCGCUGCAUACGAGCAUUUCCAAACAAGCAGGGUUAUGUAUUAAGCUCUAUUGAAGGCCGAGUGGCAGUUGAGUACUUGGACCCAAGCCCUGAGGUACAGAAGAAGAAGUAUGCCUUCAAGUGUCACAGACUAAAAGAAAAUAAUAUUGAGCAAAUUUACCCAGUCAACGCCAUUUCGUUUCACAACAUCCACAAUACCUUUGCCACAGGUGGUUCUGAUGGAUUUGUAAAUAUUUGGGAUCCAUUUAACAAAAAGCGACUGUGCCAGUUCCAUCGGUACCCCACCAGCAUUGCGUCACUCGCCUUCAGUAAUGAUGGGACUACGCUUGCAAUAGCAUCAUCGUAUAUGUAUGAAAUGGAUGACACGGAACAUCCCGAAGAUGGUAUCUUCAUUCGCCAAGUGACAGAUGCAGAAACAAAACCCAAGUCCACCUAAUCAUCUCGUGAAAGUGGUUUCUCUAUGGAAAGCUUUGUUUUGCUUCCUACAAAUACAUGCUUAUCCCCUAAGGGAUGCGUUAUAGUCAUUGUGGACGCGUUAUUUAGUAUGUGGAUUUCUCUGUUUUCUGUCUUGCAAAAAACUUGUCUGUGUGCCCUUUCAUACUGACUGUGUGUAGGAUGAGGAGUCUUUGUGUCCUUUUGCAGUAGUCUGAAGAAUUGUUUUUUCGCCCAGCAAGCCCAGUUGCUGUGUAUGAGCAGCUUGAGCUCCUUUUGUAAAAUAACCUAAACCUGUUAAUUCCAUGCUGUCUAAUAAAUCAGAGAUUCAGAACCCUUAAA